AUGCCUUUUACAGUUCAACACCUUCUACUUCCGUCAUCCUUUCUUUUGCUAGCACCACCGGGAAGAAGGAUUGUCUCUAGAAUCCAGGCCGCUUUGCAUCCGACGCAGGACUUCUUGUCAACAUUGAUCCUUGGCCGAGCCACCAUAUAUUCCGGAUCAAUCGUCGAAUUCGUCAAUCCGCUGAGAUAUGUACACGUGAGGUUGAGCUCCGGUUCAGACGUCAGCCCUGGAGGAAGUCUUGUGGUAACUGUCACGUGGCACCGCGACACCUUUCACCGCACCUUCCCGGAGACUGCGCGACGCGCCUGCCUUACCAGCGCACAACGCAGCGGGAUUCCACUCCACUCCACUCGGUCGUUACAACGGCGGGCAUGA